GGAGCACAUAACAUGACAACAUGAAAAACACAACUAUAAUCUGAAAACAAAUUAUCGUUCAUGAUGUCACUGUUAAAGCUACCUCUUAAUUCAAGUGUGCAAAACAGAAAGUGAUGUAAUCAGAACUGCAAAUAUCCAUUAUCUCGCUACUUAUGCAUCAAAUUAAAACAUAUUACAGUGUUUAUAUACAAGUUAUGCAGUUGUGUUUCGUAAUAUUUCAGAGUCUUGGUACAAUUGUACAAUUGAUUUUUCAUAUCUGUUUGGCUCAUACCACGUGAUCGUGAAAGGGUGUGGCACUAGUAGUUUUCUAGAUAAUGGAAUUUUAAAACAGCUCCUCAAAAAAAAGUGCCAGAAAAACUCAGAUCCCGUCACUUUUUGGUUUUUUUGUGAGGAAACAGUGAGGUCCAGGAGUUUUACUUAUUUUUUCUUAAGUAGUAAACUUAAACUUAGGGGUUUUUUUCAACAGUUUUUAAAAAUGUUUUUGAUUAAUUAAGAAGGAAUGAACUUUGAACCAACUAAAGUAUUUAUCUAGUGCAAUGAAAUUAUUUCAAAUUUCAUGAGUGGAGUAUUAAGAACAAAGGCUGUUUCUGUCUAACUCUGUUACUUGAUUAUUAGCCUGUUAUUGGGUAAACCUAAGUGAUAGCACUCUCAUUAAUUUAGGGACAACUGUUCAGCAACUUUAUGGUCAUUUUGUAGCCUGUAGUGCGUAAACUUGAAUCAUCCAUACAUCGAUCCCAGCUGUCACAGGGCAAAAGGUGGGGUACAGGUCACCAGUUUGACUAAGUUCUAAAAACACAUGUCAGCAGCAACAAAACUUCAUUACACCUGUUCUACUGGGCUGCAUUAGUUUUAGCUGCUUGUUUGACCCUCAUUUUAACAGCAACCCAAACCAGCCUUCUUGGUGACAAAACCUAACCACAGUCAACAAGAGGAAGGAAAGACAUCAGGAUAAGGAUACAAAUCAUACGCCAGGCUUGUAGCAAUCCCGCUGCAUAAACGAGAUUUUAAAGUGUCUGUGUUCUCUGCAACAUCAAAGACUGUGACUCUCAGAUGGACCAGGUACUCUGGAGCCACUUCAUACGAGAUCACUGUAACAUCACAGAGCAAACUUGUUGCUUUUGCAUCAUUUGGCCCAAACACAGUGAUGGGCUCUGUUACCUCGCUGCCUCCAAACGUCAUGUAUAACUUCGAAGUUGAAGCAGUGAGUGGUUCCCAAGUACUCAGCACUGCAUCAGUUGAAUCAUCAACAGCCCCUGAUAUGAUGGAGCCCAUUCUGACAGUGAAGUCACUGGAUAGCACAACCUUGACUGUGGAGUUUAACUUGAGAAACGGGGCGUCUUAUUACAUCAUACGUGUCGAGAACAGCAACGGCUUCUUCAGAGAGGUUACAGCGUCCUCCUCUCCAGCUGAGAUUCAGUCCCUCGCGCCGUACACUGAGUACUCGCUCAGCAUCAUGGCUGUGAACACCGCAGGCCGCAGCCAGCCCUCAAUUCCUGUAACUGGAAAGACAGAUUUGGCUCCUCCUCAGCUUUCGUCCUCCUCUCCGAGUAACAGCAGCAUCGUUGUAUCCUGGCACCCAGUUGCUCAUGCCGUCCAAUACACCCUGUCCAUAUGCAAGCUUGAUUCAAACACAAGCAUGGGCGUGUACAACACCUCCAACACCAGUUUGACCUUUUCGGGCUUGGAUGCUGGCUCACUCUACGUCAUAACUUGUUUUGCUUGGGAUCUCGAAGGUCGAAAGGGAGACAGCUCGAACAUUAAACAGGCUACACGACCUCAGACCCCAGCGUCUGUCAGUGUGUCUGUGGUGAUGAAUGGCAGUGUGGCUGGACUCUUGGUGUCUUGGGAGCUAGACCAGGAGGUCUAUGGACCCAUUGAGUACAAUGUGAUGAGUGACCUGAGCUUAAUUUGUAAGACCACAUCCAGCUCCUGCACCCUCUCAGCAGUGGGGUGUGGAGAGGUACACACCAUCCAAGUCACUGCCUCAAAUGAGGCUGGACCCAGCUAUCCAUCCAGCCCUGCAGUCUUCAUCACCUUCCCCUGCCCACCUCAGUCUUUGGCACUAGUGGAGUCUUCAGAAGGCAACUGCACUCUAACGUGGAAAACCGUGGCUCAUGCUGACAGCUACAUGGCCCUUAUCGAGACAGCUGGCAGCAGUGUGGAAACCUGCAACACCACCAGCAACAACUGCACCUUUCAUUGCCCGUGUGGGCAAACAUACCUCCUGUCUGUGCUGGCCUUCAACCAUGCUGGCAGCAGUCCUCAAGGACAAGUUCUCAACUACACCACUUUGGUGUGUUGCCCAGAGGAUGUGUUAGUGUCAGCGGUGAGCACUGACACUCUGGAGAUCAGCUGGAUGCCCUCACGGGGGGCAGUGCUGUAUGAGACCCGGGCUGCACACAGUUCAGAGGUCAUCCUCUGUAAUGACACCGCACCGCUGUGCGUCCUCUCCGACCUCAGCUGUGACACUGCCUACAGUGUGGUGGUGAUUCCCUGCAAUGAUAUGAGCGGUUGCAACCGUGCUUGUAAAGCUCACACCAAAGACACAGCUCCCUGCAUGCCAAACAAUCUGAUGCUCAAUCCAAAGAACUCCUCCUGCGUCACUGUCAGCUGGAUGGCAAAUAACAGGGCCGCUAAUUACACUGUCAGCGCAAAUGGAGAUGAUGACAAACACAUCUGUAGCACCAAUGAAAGCAGCUGUGACAUCACCGACCUUUCCUGUGGCUCCACCUAUGAAGUAAGCGUCGAAGCAAAUAGCACAGCCGGUCAGAGUUUACCCAGCUACUCCGAGUUUCUAGAAACAGAACCGUGUUGCCCAGUGAAUCUGACGGUGGAUCAGGUGACCCAGGCAAUGACCAACGUGUCGUGGUCUCACGCCAAAGGGGCACGCUUGUUCAUCGCCACUCUGACGUCAUCACGCGGCCAUGCCCGCUGCCAUACCCAAGACUCCCACUGCCUCAUGGGAUGUAUCACCUGCAGCACCAACUACACUGUCACCAUGGAGGCAAUCAGCCACAGCGGACGCAGGUCCAACUGCACCUAUCAGGGUUUCUCAUCCAGUCCGUGCUGUCCGUCUGGUGUCAAAUUAUACAGCACGACCAGUAACUCUCUGCGGGUUUACUGGCGCAGCACUGGGAGCAACCACAGCUCCAUCGCAGAGAUGGUGGGGAGGAACAGCAACUACAACUGCACCGCAGCUCCCGGAGACAACAGCUGUGACUUCGGCAGCGUCCAGUGCGGGGACAUCUAUCGUAUAGUGGUCGCUCCACUCACACAAGAGGGCAGCAAAGUCCAAUUCUGCCCGGCGAGACUGUACUCGGUUACCUGUUUAGGAGACAACAUUGGCACAGUUAUUUACAGAGGGAAGAGAAGCGUGGACUAGCAUGUUUAGCAACAAAUGAAAACAUGUUCAUCCUCCUCUUCCUCAUCCAUCACCCCCAUCCUCACCGGAAUGAUCCCAGCCUCAUAAAUAUAUAGAGAAACAACCACAAAUGUUUAUCCAUGCAACAUGUUGGUAUAAUGUUGUUACAUGAUUUUUAUGUGGCAUAGGAAAGCAAACCCACAGUCUGCCCCAACAUUUAAGAUUCAAAUCUGUGAUCUGUGAAAAUCACAGAUUAAAAUUAAAGUAACUAAAGUUAUGUUCAGUUGGGGAAAUUCUAAAUUAAUUUUAACCACAAAUUACUGGAUUUAAUAGGAAAAAGAUUUUUUUUUUUUUAAACUGGUAAAAAAUGCAAUUGAUAGUUGAUAGUAAAACAUUUACCAUGCUUGAAUAGCUAAUUCAAACUACAUAUGAUGCAUUUUUCUUCUUCAGUUCAAGAAAUGUGUCAUAGAGAUGACUGAAGUACAAUAAAUGUGUAGCUCAUGCCCCAAUUAGGAGUCCUCCUGACAAUCAAGGAACACAAACUGAUAUAUUCAUCUUUAAAUACAUGAUUUUUUUUCCUUUUAAAACAACUAGUCAGUUCUUUGUUUCAUAUUGUUAGGAUGUAAUGAACUGCUUUCAGUACGUGUCAUUGUCUCAAAGUGAUGGAAAUUCCUGGUAAUAAAGAACUCCCAGCAUCA